GACGGCGUGGUCUCGAGGCUAUUGAUCGAGUGGCUGAUUUUGAGCUCUCAAGACAAUACCAGUCACGUUCACCUAGCCUGUACUGUAAAGCUAGCUAGCUGUACAGUAGUACAGUCGAGUCUAGUACACAUGGUACAGUAGGAUCGAUGAUGUCUGGUAUCAAAGGUGGCAUCAGUGUGCAGAAAUCCAAGUUUUCAGUCCUGACCAUAGACUCUUUGUCUGAAGAUAGUGACUCAGAUAGUGCUAUAACCAGUGACUGGACCCAAGUGAAAGCUAUUGGAAUAGGCAAACAAAAGGGCAAAGGGAAGCAAGGAGAAACUCUGUUACCUGGAAAAGAUGGAGAGAGACCACUGAGCAAGAAUGCCAAGAAGAGGGCACGAAAGAGAAAACAACGAAAUAUUUCGGAGUCCUCCGAUGGCAAGCCUGCUGAGUCAGCCACUCUGUUGCCGGGUAACUUGAGCUGGGAGCAAGAGACAAGGAUGAGGAGCCAGGCGGCAGCUGACCAGGAAUUCCAGAAAGACAUGGAGAAAGCCAUUUUGAUGAGCAAGUCGGAUGCUCAAGACCAUACUAAGUUGCUGGAGGAAAGCCAUCUGGCUGAGAGGGUUGCCAUAACCGAGUCUCUCUCCUCAAACAAACUUCCCACCAAGACUAGCGGGAAGAAAGGUGUUACCCUAUCACUGCAAGAGUUCCAGCGUGGAGAUACAGCUGACAACCAGAAGUCAUUGUCAACUAAAACAAAACCUCAAGUUUCAGACAUUUUGGAUAAGCCACUGCCCCUCACACCGACCACACCUACUGAUAAUUUUUUUGAUCGUUUGAGUGUAAGUGUAGCGAAGGAAGUUGGUAAAGAACACAGCAAACAAGCACCAGCCACCAACAAACAGGAUGCUAACUCUUCUGAGGACCUCCCUCGAAUAGCACAGCUCAAAGAUGAAUUAGAGAAGAGAGACACUGUAAUAGAGAAACUUCGAAAGCACAACGAACUUUUUAAGAAAGCCCUACGAGAGGCUAAGGAGAGGAACCAGUCACUAUACAAGAUCCUUAGUCAAGGAGAAUUCUCUACCAAGACCCAGCUGAUUGAGCAGGUUGAGCAGCUAACCACAGUCAAGAAUGAGCUCACCGAUGAGGUGGAGUCAUUGCACAUUUCUUUAGAGCAAGAGAAAUCCAAGAACAAAGGUCUCAAACUGGAAUUGGCUAAAUUAAUGGGUGGAUCAGUUAAAGCUUCAAGAACGAACAGCUCAAGCUGAUCAUGGACUAGCUAUCAUGGACACUUCGUUUAUAGUGUUUUGUGUACAUUUCAUCUAAUCAUAUUAUUCUGACUUUGCAA